CGAACCUGCAGUUGCGUUCUUUUUCCUACCCAAGUAUCAGCCCCAUAUCUCCAUGUUUUCCAUAUCCGGGUUUUCUGAAGAACGAAUAACCCGACUAUUACGGUGAGCGGGCAAAGGAGCCGUUGUUGCCUAAGGAUAAGAUGAUGAACGAGAUGCCUUAUUCAGACCGGGAAAAUGACACGCUUCUCUAUAGGAGCACCAAAACGUGCCAAUCAGAUGUUCUUCCCUAGAAUAGACACAUCUGAACAACCGUGAUGCGAUGAAUCCGUUAUUGAAUCUAGGAGAUUCCUAACGAUCAACGGCUGUGAUUACGCCAAAUUCUCAACACAUAAAUAUAGGCGACUGGUGAAUAGGUACAGGACUUUAGAUUCAGUCUCGACUGUCGUCUUCCUGAAUGUACUUUGCGCCGGAGAGUCUCCGCUCGCCGCUCUCCGACAGCCUUGCCAUCACAGUACAGAACAGUACCUUGACGUCGAGACAGUUACGGUCUCUCCACGCUCAGAUCCUCACCAACGGCUUCCUCCGCUGCCGCCCAGCUCCCCUCCUCGCCGCCUUCAUCUCCUCUUGCUUCCGUUCUCACUGCCCCCACUAUGCCUCCUCCUUCCUGCGCAGUAUCCCCAACCCACCUCCUUCCCUAUGGAACUCCACCGUCCGCCUGUCCCUACGGUCCGAGAAGUUCCCGGCUUUCCUUGGCCUGUACGGUGGGAUGCUGCGUGACGGCGUCAAGCCCAGCAAGACUACCCUUUCCGCAAUCCUGCGUUCUUGCGCGGCCUACUCAGCCACCCGGCUGGGCGAGUCGUUCCAUUCCCAGGUCGUGAAGGUGGGUUUCGAGUUCGACGUGAUCCUGCAGACGGGUCUGCUCGACUUCUAUGCAAAGGCUGGGGAUUUGCCGUCCUCCAGGAAGGUGUUCAGUGGAAUGCCUGAGAGAGAUGUUGUUGCGGAUAAUGCAAUGAUUUCGGCUCUGAGCAAGAAUGGGUGCGUGGAAGAGGCCCGCAAGCUGUUCGAUGAGAUGCCACAGCGGAAUGCGGCUUCGUGGAACUUGAUGAUCACUUGCUACUGCAAGUUGGGUGAUAUUGAUUCCGCGAGGAGAAUGUUCAGUUUGAAUCCUGACAAGGAUACGAUUUCAUGGAAUGCGAUUAUUGAUGCGUACUUUAAAUUGCAUGAUCCUGCGGUAGCUUACGAGCUGUUCGUACGGAUGGGGCCUGCCAGGAAUUACGUCUCAUGGAAUACUAUGAUCUCGGGUUAUGUACGGUGUGAGGAAUAUGGGAAGGCAAUUUCGACAUUUCAAGAAAUGCAGGCUGCGAACGUUAGACCGACUGAAGUGACGAUGGUCAGCUUGUUAUCUGCUUGUGCCCAUCUCGGGGCGUUGGCAAUGGGUGAGUGGGUUCACAAUUACAUAACGAGGAAACGGCUGAAAGUUGAUUCAGUUUUAGGUAAUGCUCUAAUAGAUAUGUACUGCAAGUGUGGGAAUGUAGAGGCUGCCCUUGAGGUUUUCGACCAACUUGAGACAAGGAAUAUCUUCUGCUGGAAUUCGAUUAUAGUAGGACUAGGGAUGAACGGUUAUGGUGAGAGGGCUGUGGACUUCUUCACUAUGAUGACGGAGGAAGGAGUGAAGCCCGAUGGCGUCACCUUUGUUGGUCUCCUAAGUGGGUUUACCCACUCGGGUAUGGUCGCCGAAGGCAGAAGGUACUUCUCUCAGAUGACAGAGACUUACAGAAUUGAACCCGGGAUCGAGCACUAUGGGUGUAUGGUGGAUCUCCUUGGCCGAGCCGGCCUUCUGAAAGAGGCAAUUGAGCUUAUUCAGACAAUGCCCAUGAAGGCCAACCCACAAGUAUGGGGGAGUUUGUUCAGAUCGUGUCAGAUUCAUAAGGACACAGAGCUUGGCGAGAAAGUGGUCCGGCAACUCUUAGAAUUGGACCCUCGUGAUAGUGGAAACUACGUGUUCUUAUCAAACUUAUAUGCAUCUCUUAGUCGAUGGGAUGACGUGAGCUGUUUUCGGAAGUUGAUGAUAGAAAAAGGAGUUCGUAAGAUUCCUGGACGCAGUUCAAUUGAGGUGGAUAAUGUCAUGCACGAAUUUGUUGCAGGGGACACAACACACCCGCAAUUUGAGCAGAUCAACUUGUUUUUGGAUGAGGUCGCCAGGAAACUGAAGGAGCAUGGGCAUGAGCCUGAUAAAGCGUUGGUGCUGCACGAUAUAGAGGAUGAGGAGAAGGAUAGUGCUAUUAGAUAUCACAGUGAGAGGAUUGCAGUUGCUUUCGGGUUGAUGAGUUUGCCACCGGGAAAGACCAUUAGGGUAGUGAAGAACUUGAGGACUUGCAGCGAUUGCCACUCCGUUCUUAAGAUUAUUUCCAGUGUGUUUCAGCGGGAAAUUGUUGUGAGGGACAAGAAGAGGUUCCAUCACUUCAAGGAUGGGUACUGUUCAUGUAAGGAUUACUGGUGAAAGACAAACACAGUUUUGUGCCAUUUGAUGUCCCGAUCUCCAUUUUAAUGCGCCAUUCUUUGAUUUAGCGGCGCAAAAUCACUGGAUUCACCAAUUUAAAAUUUGUCCCAACAGUACUAAGUUGCAUAUCUGAAAAGGCCUUUAUUGGAACUUUCUCGUCAACAUAGUUAAAAACCUUCAUCUUCACUAUGAAUAGUUACAAGCAAAGCGAACAAAAGUAAUCUCUCAAUCGUAUGCUAUCAUCCACUCGACUUGUGUCAUCCCGCCAAACACUAUCUACUUCGGUACAUAACUCCUUGCUUGCUUUUCUCCUUAAUGCACAAUCAUUUAUCUGAAUAAGUAGAGGAAGAAGCAG